AUCGGUGUCAUUAGAGAGCAUACUCGCACAGGUUGUUGAAAGGAAAUCGAGAAAAUGAGAUUUGUUCGUGCCUCAAAGUACCGUCACGUGUACGGCCAGCCUGCUAAGAAGGAGCUGUGCUACGAUAACAUCAGGGUUUCAACCAACGCGUGGGAUUCUAACUUGAUAAAGGCAAAUGGCAAGUACAUCUCUGUCAAUUGGAACGCGUCCGGUGGUGGUGCCUUUGCAGUGAUUCCAAUUGGUGAGGUUGGUAAGGCUCCAGAUCAGGUUCCCCUGUUCAGAGGCCAUACAGCCACGGUAUUGGACACUGAUUUCAACCCAUUCAACGACAAUGUGAUCAUCUCUGGUUCCGAUGAUACCAAGAUCGGACUGUGGAAGGUGCCUGAAGAUUAUUCCUUCCACCACUACGUUGACGAUGACGACAACAUCAAGGAUGUCUCGCCAGUGGCCCUGUACUCCGGUCACAAGAGAAAGGUUGGGCAUGUUUCCUUCCAUCCAACGAGUGAAAACGUUGCAGCCUCCUCCUCCUUGGACUACACCGUUAAGCUGUGGGACGUUGAGACUGGUACGGAUAAGAUUACUUUACAGCAUAACGAUUUGGUGACGUCGUUUGCCUUCAACUACAACGGUAACUUGCUCGCAACUACGUCUCGUGACCGUAAGCUUCGUAUCUGGGAUAUCAGAUCCAACAAGAUCAUCAGCGAAGGUGCUGGCCACUCUGGUGCAAAGGCCUCCAGAGUGGUUUGGUUAGGUAACACUGACCGUGUUGGUACCACUGGGUUCUCCAAGCUAUCUGAUAGACAAAUGGCUGUUUGGGACUCUUCCAACGUUGGUGCUGGUCCAAUUGGUGGCUUCUACACAAUUGACUCUUCUGCUGGUAUCCUGAUCCCAUUCUACGAUGACUCGAACAAUAUCUUGUACGUGGGUGGUAAAGGUGAUGGUAACAUCCGUUACUUUGAGUUCCAAGACGAUGAGCUUUUCCCAUUGUCAGAGUUCCAGUCCACGGAUGCUCAGAGAGGUUUAGCAGUAGCACCAAAGAGAACCGUCAACAUUGCUGAGAAUGAAGUUUUGAAGGUGUACAAGACUGUUAGUGAUUCUCUGAUUGAACCGAUCUCUUUCAUCGUUCCAAGAAAGGCAGAUUUCUUCCAGGAUGAUAUUUAUCCGGAUGCUCCAUCUGAUAAACCAGCAUUGAGUGCUGAUGAGUGGUUCGGUGGGAAGGACGUUGAUGGUCCACUCCUGGUUUCGAUGGAGGAUAUCUACAACAAGGUUGAGGCAACUGUUAAACCAUCGUCUAAGCCGGAAUUGAAGAAGGAGGCACCAAAAAAGGAGGAGCCAAAGAAGGAGGAGCCAAAGAAGGAAGAGCCAAAGAAAGAAGAGCCAAAGAAGGAGGAGCCAAAGAAAGAAGAACCAGUUGAACGUUCUACUUUGACACCACCAAAGUCCAAGGUUGACGAUCUACUCCAGAAGGAUGAGGUUAACUCAUUGUUGAAGAAAGCUGCUGAUCUGGACGGUGAUGAAGAGGAACCAAAGGAGGAUAAGGAUUCUGCAUGGGAUGAUGAGCCAGAGCAGGUGAAGGAGGAGCCAAAGGAGGAGCCAAAGGAGGAGCCAAAGGAGGAGCCAAAGGAGGAGCCAAAGGAGGAGCCAAAGGUUGAGCCAAAGCAACAACCAAAGCAACAACCAAACGAACAACCAAAGGAGACAAAACCUGCAGAGACAUCCACUGAGACAGCCUCCAAACCAUUGACCUUGAAGGGCACUAUAGAGAAAUUGUCCCAAGUCGUUGAUGGAUUUGAAAAGGUUGUCACAAGACUUGAGGCUGCGAACUUAGAGAAGGACGAGAGACUCAAAGCUCUCGAGGAGAAAAUUGCACAACUCCUUGAGAAAAAGUAAACUGGAGUAGAAUGCUCCGUUGUCGUUGUUUUAUCUGUAUGUUGAUCUGCAUGUCUACGUGUUGAUAAUUAUGUCUCGCAUAGGCUCAGGGAGAAGAAGUAUCAACCCUUCAACAGAGCAGUCAGAUGGAUUAGAUGCUUGCUUUGUUUUCCACGGUGUAUUGUUGUAGCCUGUACAGGACUGUAUAGCUUC